AUGAAGGCCCUGCUGUUGGCAUUGCUGUUGGUAUGCACGCUGUGUCCAGACACGGCCCGGUCCCAGAACGCCGUCCGGCUGUGCGGCCGCGAGUUCCUGAGGGCCGUCGUCUACACCUGCGGAGGGUCCAGGUGGAGGAGGGUCCCGUCCGAGCUUUCGGCAGAGGAUACUGAUCCGGAUGCCGGACAGCCGUCGGAGGUCACCAUAGAAACGGAGCGACUCAGGAGGAGUCUGGACACGGUGCUGCCGGCGGUGUGCUGCAAUGUGGGCUGCCGAAAAAACGACCUGGCUCUCAUGUGCUGAAGAGGGAAACGGAAAUAACGUCCUGCAAAUAUGAAAGACUCAGUGAUGUUCAGACGUUGUAAUGAAAGAAAAACACUGUCCUUUCACUGUGCUGCUGUGAAGCGAACAUGCUGUCACUAGUUUCAUUUGAACGAUAAAACCAAAGGCUUUUACUUGUCCAGGGAAAUUAUUGAUACAGAAUUUGGAUUUUUUUUAUUAUUAUUUAAUGAAAUGUAUGUGUAAAAAAGGAGCUGUAUUAUAAUACUCAUAUACAAAUACAAAGGAGGCUCAAAUAGAAUCUGCUUUUAAUUCAAAAGAAGAAAGAAACCAUAUGGCAUAUGAUUGUCAGAUUUAUUAGAAACAUUUCUCUCAUUUCCUAAAAUAAAGGUUUUUAAAAUGUA